CUCAGAGCAUGUGGAGCACCAAUAUAAGACCGGAGGAGCUGCAUGCAGCUCACACCACAAAGUUUUUGUCUUCCACCAGCCUGUUGAGGAUAAGCUGCUGCGCUUCUGAGUCAAACAUGGUGCUUGGACUGUCUUUAAGGGUUUCUUGGAUCUGUCUGCUGUUGUUCAGCAGUGGUGCUGCUUUUCCUGCAUCAAAAGAAGAUUACAAAUAUCCCUACAUAAUUAACUGGGGAUCCAGUGGUGUACCUGCUCCUGGAUCAAACCUGAACUCUGAAGGCUCACAGCCUAGUCUGGCAUCACUGCAGGAUGACUCAGACCUCCAGCUGGCCAGCUCGGCUAGUGGAAACAAGCCCGCAUCCAGCGUGGCUGCAGGCUCCUCACCAAGUUACAAGCCCAACAGGUUUACUUAUGAUUCCAGCUCUAGCGAACCCAGUACUCCUGAAGUCCCUUCCCAGACUGACGGUUACGUCAGCCCUCCUGUUCGCCCUCGUUCCCCUCCCAGCACUGGGACAAAGACUGAUAGCUUCGCUCUGCAGCCUCUACCUGUUGCUGGCAGCAGUGGAAACUCCAAUAUGGGCUCGGAUGUGGUGGCGCCUCAGUUUCCCUAUCCUUCCGGCUUGGCAUACCCUGCUGGGAACAUGGCUACAUUGGACUCUCAAGAAAGCCCUGUUCGUUACGUUGCUGCUGCGACCUACGACUUGUGGGAAGGCCCUCAAUAUGGAAACCCGUCUACGGCAGGCUCACUUCCUUGGCUUGCUCAGCCUGCAAGCGGGGCUGACUCCUGGUUGUACAACCCAAGCAACUGGAUGCCAUCUCCUGCUUCCCGCGAACUAAGUGUCUUCGACCCUAGUGUCAAGAUGCCACAGAGCUUGAGCGAGGGAGCCUUUUUGCCGCGUUCAUCCUACAUAAUCCAGUCCAGAAAUGGCUACCGGCGAGCAAGUAAAGUCUAUUCCAACACUAAAUACUCCCCACAGUCCCUUGACCCACCAGUCUUUCCCUCCAAGCCCGUCAAAGCACCAAGGAGGUCUCCACCAGCCUCUUUUACCAAAGGUUAGGUCUAACGAGGGUGAACUUGGUGACUGAGCGUCAGCUGUCCUGGAACAGUUUACAGUGGUGGAUUUGGAAAGUGUUUAAAAUAAAAUUUUAAAACAAUCCUGA